UUAGCCGCUAUGGUUAACAGUAGGCUGCCGACGCCCUUUAGUGGGAUCUUUCAUUAUUCCAGCUGUUGAAGAACCUAUGCGUAUAAUCACCCUGGCAAGGAUGUGAACCCGGCCGGACAGCAAAGAGUUAAGGCGAAAGAGGAAAUCCUAUCUGGUUGGUCACACUGAGAAAUGCGAUUAUACUGCCUCAGUUCAACACGGGCGAGCGGACGGACUGCGCACUAUGCGAUCCGUCUCAUAGAGAAAGCUUAUUCUACAAGGUUAUCAUCACAGCCGAUUCUGGUCUCAAAACGAAACUAGCGAAAUAGAGAAGCCAUUACUGUUGCUGGGACAGAACUGAUGUUUUCAGAAGGAUGUCGGUUGCCCCUGACAGAACCCACACUGGGCCGGGAACACGCGUUCAGAAGGGACUGCAGUUCGGCGUUCAGCAGGUGAAUGGCCAGGUGCGCGUUCACGUGUGACGGAUCCUCUGGCUGCUGGCCAUCCUAACGUGAUUAGCUUGCUGUUUUUAAGAACUGUGCCGAUCCGCUACUCCUCUUGAAUUCAAAGAGACAAAUCAGUGCGUCACUGGACCAUGAAGCACCAUCAUCAGUUGUUUAGAUGUUUUUGGCGAACUCUCGUCACUCUUCUUCUGUGUGAAGGCACCCCGCUCAUGAUGUUCAGGGGGUCCCUCACUCUGACCCUAAACAGGGAUCACAGCAGUUUCACACUGCAGCAGGACGCGCGAAUAGCUCACUCCUCUCACAACGUCACAAGUCAUAGAAGAGAGCUGAAGCCUCUAUUGAAGACAAGGCCAUUUGCGGUGGUGGAUGGAGUUAGAAGAAGCCUGAGUGAUGUUUUACAGAAUGGUCACCCUGACAGAUUGCAGUGUGGCUUACAAGUGGGAAGCAGCUUGUAUAUCCUGGACCUGGAAAAAAACCAAGAUCUUUUGCCAAAGCCGCCUAAUGUGUUCUACUAUCUGCCAAAUGGAACGGGGGUAUCCAUGAAGGAAAACCUAGUGACACAUUGUUACUAUCAUGGUUCAGUGCAAGGCUUUCCUCAGUCCCGCGUAGCUCUCAGCUCCUGCUCUGGGUUACGGGGAGUGAUAGUCAUUAACUCCACACUGAGCUUUGAGCUACAUCCUGAGGAAGAAGAGCAUGGAAAAGAUGAGGAAGGGAGUGGAGAAAUGGAAGAAGGGUGGAUGCACGUGAUCUACCCCACGGACUCACAAACAUCUGAGUCUAGAGACUGUGGAGUGUCAAACACCUCUAUUCCUCCCAUUCAGAUCAUCCCACACACACACAGGAGUAAGAGAGACAUUCUCUCAGAGACCAAAUAUAUUGAGCUGGUGCUGGUGGCGGAUCAUAAGGAGUUUAUGAAUUAUCAGAAGAAUAAUAAAACCAUGAUUUACCGCAUGUUGGAUGUGGCAAACCAAGUAGACUGGUUCUACAGGCCGCUGAAUGUACGUGUGGCACUGCUGGGUUUGGAGAUCUGGAGUGACCAGGACAAGAUUCAAGUGGAUAAGAGUCCCACUGAAACUCUAAACCGCUUCCUGGAUUGGAGGACCAGGGAGCUACUACCACGACUACGGCAUGACAAUGCACAGCUGAUCAUGGGCGAGUCAUUUGAUGGGACGACAGUCGGCAUGGCGUCUCAGUCCUCCAUGUGCUCAAAGGAUCGGUCAGGAGGAGUGAAUGUGGAUCACCUGGUGAGUGUGUUAGGUGUGGCGUCAACGGUGGCACAUGAGUUGGGUCACAACCUGGGAAUGAGUCACGAUACGGCAGACAGGCGUUGCCAGUGCCAGAACGAGCCUCGGCUUGGGGGCUGCAUAAUGGAGCCCUCCACUGGGUUUAUGCCCGGCCAGCUCUUCAGCAGCUGCAGCGAACAGGAUCUCUCUCUCAGUCUACUGCACGGUGGCGGUAUGUGCCUGUUUAAUGUGCCUCAGCCAGAGAGCCUUCUGGGAGGUCCACGCUGCGGGAACCUGUACGUGGAGAAAGGAGAGGAGUGUGACUGCGGCCUGCUGGAUGAAUGUAAUGAUCCUUGCUGCAAUGCCAGCACAUGUAAACUGGUUCCCGGGGCCCAGUGCUCUUCUGAUGGCAUCUGCUGUGAGAAUUGCAAGUUGCGUGUGGCCGGGUCGGUGUGUCGGGAGCCGUUGGGAGAGUGUGAUUUGCCAGAGUACUGCACCGGCACUUCCCCCUACUGUCCUCCCAAUGUGUUUCUGCAGAAUGGAGAGUCAUGCAAGGACGGUUCCUCCUACUGCUACAGCGGCGUGUGUGCCAGUCUGGACGAGCAGUGCCAAAUGCUCUGGGGAGCGAACUCCACCCACGCUCCAACUAUCUGCUUCUCAUCUGUGAAUAAGCAGGGAAAUAAGUACGGAAACUGUGGCCAGAUGCCUAACGGAUCCUACAUCCCAUGUCUGAAAGGGGAUGUGCUCUGUGGUAGGAUCCAGUGUCAGGGUGGAAGUGAUCGCCCCCUGCUGGGCUCCAACGUUGAGAUUCUGACCACAACGGUCAAACUGAACCAGAGUGACUUUACCUGUCGGGGGACCUAUUUUAAUCUGGGUGAUGAUGUUUCUGACCCAGCCAUGGUGUCCCAGGGGACGGCCUGUGGGCCCAACAAGGCAUGUAUGGACCAACGAUGCCGGGACGUGUCCAUGUUUGGUGUUGAAGAAUGCCGCAGGAAGUGCAAUGGCCACGGGGUUUGUAACAGUAAUAAGAAUUGUCACUGUGAUGAGGGCUGGGCACCUCCUGACUGCAGAUACUCUGGAACCGGAGGCAGUGUGGAUAGCGGCCCUGCUCGAAAGCCCAGAGAUUCAGAUCCUGCGAGGGUGGCUCUUCUGGUCAUUUUCCUGUUUGUGUUGCCGGUCUCACUACUGUUUGUCGCACUCCGCUUCCCCCGGUGUCGACGAGGCCUUGUGUACCUUGGCCACACCCCCUUCAGUAAGACCCGACAGAGCCGAACUCCUGCAAUGGAGCUAGCAAAUGCUCGAAAUGGAGAUCAGGUGCAACCGCUCAGGUACCAGUGGCCCCACCAGAGCGACAUCCCUCUCACCCAGGCUAUCAGCAAGGUUCAGCACAGGCCUGCUCCUCCAACUAAACCUCUUCCACCUGAUCCUGUCUCUAAACCAGCUCAGUUGGCAGGGCAUUGGCCCGCCCCUCCCACCAAACCCCUCCCUCCUGACCCCACCCCCUCAGAGAGCAAGAUGCAGUGCAAGCCCACAGGAACACGACCGGCUGCACCAAGCAAGCCCCUCCCUCCUGACCCUGUCCUCUCUACCCGACAGAACCCUGUUCCCCCGAAACCUCCGGUUCCCAAGAAACCACUGCCUGUGGAUCCUUCACCCCACCCUCCUCCACCCCCACUGCUGGGACAUUCAGGAUCUGCUGCAUCUUCAUCAUCUUACUCGCGUAACCCUACGUCAGCUGCUGCUCCUGCCAGACCUGCUCCUCAUCCACCUUUACGGAGACAGCAGUACCCUGGGAAACCGCACGCUCCUCACCCAGUAUAGUCAGGAAGGAAACACUGGCUUGGCAGCAAAUUUUUUGGACUUUUUUUUCCUCAGUAUUUUGUCUUGUUUUCCAAAAACAGUAUCUGAGUUUCUAUAAAACAAGAUACAUUGAUGCAUUUGAUAUAAUUUUGUUAUAGACAAAAAACACUGAUUGCCAUGUGGGACACUACGUGAUGUAGACUUGCACAAUUCUAUUUGCACUGACCCUGAGUGAGUGAUUCUGCAGGGUGAACAUUAACACCUGUACAGACCUCUGCUGCUCUGCAUCUGGAUCAGAACUUAGCACUCAUUAUGAGGCUCAUUGGGCCACCGGAGGAAUUACAGAGUCCAUUGAAGGUGAAAGGAUAUUAUAACUCUGAAGACAAAACAAAAAAGAACUUUUAAAAUCUGACAAAGUGGAUAUAUUGUACAUUCCUUUUGUGAUUCAGAUGCUCAGUUCAACGCAUGGGAAUAAGAUAUGACGAGAUGAUGCCUUGAGGAAGGAAUCCUGAUUUCUUUCACUGAGAUGCUGAAUGCAUGCUCGAUUUGCCUGCCUAUAGAUGAUCUGAUCUUUUCCUACAGAAUCUCUUUGGUGCCUAAUUAACUUGCCGCACAACAUUUCAUCAAGGAUUGUUCUAAUACACUCAAACCAAAACUGAAAUUCAGAACUCUUCAUUUUUAGAGCUGAAAACUCCAGUGUUUUACAUUCCGUUUAACAUCAGCUGGUCUCAGUACAGAUAUCAGCAUUGGACACAAACACACACACAUGGUCUCUGUAAAGUCUUUACUGUAAAGUAAUGUCUUAUAUCGAUAUCAAGACAACUCAGAUUGCAAAUUGUGACCGUAAAUGCUGCUGCAGGGACAAAGCUGGCUCAUUGGAAGAUGAAGAUCGCUUUUUCGAUCAAAGCACUGAAGGUAUAUGAAGAUAUUUAAGUGUAUUUUGAAAUAUGCAGUAUUUUUAAUGCAAUAAACAUGGGAUCUAUUUUUACAGUUGAA